AUGAAACAUUGUACACUACACAAUCUAAUUUCAAAAUCUCAGAAUGGAUUUGUAAAUCACAGAGGUUGUCUUACAAAUUUAAUUGAAACCCAUGACAUUCUCACGGAAGCAGCUUACCGUGGACACAUUGUUGACAUAAUAUUUACAGACUUUGCCAAAGCUUUUGAUACAGUACCACACAAAAGACUCCUUCACAAGAUUCAGGCCUACGGCAUUAGAGGCCAGCUAUUCCACUGGAUCUCUGCUUGGCUAAGUGAAAGAAAACAACGUGUAGUUAUUGGGGAACAAACUUCCGAGUGGAAAAGAGUUGCAAGUGGAGUCCCUCAAGGAUCAGUUUUUAGACCACUGCUAUUUGUGCUUUUUGUCAAUGACUAUCCAGAUGGCAUUAUCAAUUAUACCAAGUUAUACGCCUAUGAUAGCAAGAUCAUAGAAAUUAUAAAUAAUAAUCAAUCAUCUUCUGAUUAUAAAUCACUGCAAACGGACAUUGACAACACUGUAUAUUGGUCACAUAAAUGA